CACGAAAAGCCGAAAAAGACUCGGAAGCUUGGAGGAGGCAGGGCCAAGCCUGCGCAGGAGGGGUUCCCUAGAGCCCUGGCAAUGUCCUAGGGGACUAGGCUAAUCGCCUGCGUGCGCGGCGUGCGCCCAGGCGAGGGGAGGUCCUGCAGGCGCGGCGCCUCCUUCCCUGCGCCCCGCAGUGACCGUGACCUCCGCGCGCACCCCCGCGCACGUGCUCGCGGCCGAGGAAGAGGAACGGUCCGGCUAAACCCUCUGGAGAACAGCGACUUGCGAGCAGGCCAGGGGCGCAUGGAGGUGCCGCGGGGGCGGUGCGGCUCGCCAGCUGCGCGGGGGAGCGCGCACGCCGCGCCCCGGCCUCCCCGGGGACCUGGCCGGCCGCUGCCCGCACUUCCUGCCGCUGGUCUCCCAGGCGCGAGCCACCGCUUACAGCACAGAACCCGUUGAGCUUCGGGCCCGACAGCACCCCCGGCCCCCGCGCGGGGCGGACGCGCGGCGGGACAGGUGUAGCCGGCAGCCGCUGGCGCUGCGCGCAGGACUGGGCGGACUCGGCUGGCAGGGAGUUAGCUCGCUGCGCGCGGAACUCAGGUCCCUGCCACGCAGGCCGGUCGGCGAGCCACUUCACACCGCCACAGCCCUAGCCUCGGGCCACCAGCUGGGGUGAAGAAAGUCACGGCGGAGCCCGGCUUCCCGGUCCUGAUGCCGGCUGCCGGUGGCGGACUCCACGCCGGCCCUGGGACCUAGGCAGCCGCGCGAGACCGCUGCGGGCGCCUCCCCCAUGCUGCUCGGAGCGUCCUGGCUGUGCGCAUCCAAGGCGGCCGCCGCUGCUGCGCAGAGCGAGGGCGACGAGGACAGGCCAGGCGAGCGGCGGCGGCGGCGGGCGGCGGCCACCGCCGCGGGGGCGGGCGAGGACAUGGACGAGUCGUCGCUGUUGGACUUGCUGGAGUGCUCCGUGUGCCUGGAGCGCCUGGACACCACGGCCAAGGUGCUGCCAUGCCAACACACUUUCUGCCGCCGCUGCCUGGAGAGCAUCGUGUGCUCGCGCCACGAGCUGCGCUGCCCCGAGUGCCGCAUCCUGGUGGGCUGCGGCGUGGACGAGCUGCCCGCCAACAUCUUGCUGGUGCGCCUGCUGGAUGGCAUCCGUCAGCGGCCCCGCGCGGGCACUAGCCCCGGCGGCAGCCCGCCCGCGCGUCCCGUCCCCGGCCAGAGUGCGGCCCCCACGCUCGCGGGCGGCGGGGGCGGCGCGACAGGCAGCGCCCCGGGUUCCCCAAUUUUCCUCUCCGCAGCCGCGGGCAGCGCCACCGGCAGUCUGCGGGAGCUGGCGACCAGCAGGAGCGCACCGGUGGCAAAGAAUCCCUGCCUGCUUCCCUAUGGCAAGGCCCUCUACAGCUACGAGGGGAAGGAACCCGGCGACCUCAAGUUCAACAAGGGGGACAUCAUCGUCCUGCGGCGCAAGGUGGAUGAACAGUGGUACCAUGGCGAGCUGCACGGCACACAGGGCUUCCUCCCAGCCAGCUAUAUCCAGUGCAUCCAGCCCUUGCCACACGCCCCGCCCCAGGGAAAAGCACUUUAUGAUUUCGAGAUGAAGGACAAAGACCAAGACAAGGACUGUCUAACCUUCACCAAGGACGAGAUUCUGACGGUGCUCAGGAGAGUGGAUGAGAACUGGGCGGAAGGCAUGCUGGGAGACAAGGUCGGGAUCUUCCCGCUCCUGUACGUGGAGCUCAACGACUCCGCCAAGCAGCUCAUUGAGAUGGACAAGCCGUGCCCAGCCGCUGCAUCCAGCUGCAAUGCCUCCCUGCCCUCUGACUCCGGCGCUGUGGCCAGCAUGGCCCCAAGUCCCACUUUAAGCAGCUCAGGGGCGGUCAGUGCCUUUCAGCGGCGUGUGGAUGGCAAGAAGAACACCAAGAAACGCCACUCCUUCACCGCGCUCAGUGUGACACACAGAUCCUCCCAGGCUGCCAGCCACAGGCAUUCCAUGGAAAUUAGCGCUCCAGUGUUGAUCAGCUCCAGCGAUCCCCGAGCCGCGGCCAGGAUUGGAGACCUUGCUCAUCUGUCAUGCGCUGCUCCCACCCAGGAUGCCUCCUCCUCGGCAGGAUCUACCCCCACAGCUGUCCCGCGAGCUGCCUCGGUGUCUGGAGAGCAGGGCACGCCUCCCAAGGUCCAGCUGCCCCUCAACGUGUACCUGGCGCUCUAUGCCUACAAGCCCCAGAAGAGUGACGAGCUGGAGCUGCACAAGGGAGAGAUGUACCGGGUCCUCGAGAAGUGUCAGGAUGGCUGGUUCAAGGGGGCAUCCCUGAGGACCGGGGUCUCUGGGGUGUUCCCCGGAAACUACGUGACACCCGUUUCCAGGGUGCCUGCAGGAGGGGCAGGGCCGCCCCGGAAUAAUGUGGUCGGAGGGUCUCCACUGGCCAAAGGGAUAACCACAACCAUGCACCCAGGCAGUGGGAGUCUGAGCAGCCUGGCCACUGCCACCAGGCCUGCGCUGCCCAUCACCACUCCCCAGGCCCACGCCCAGCACCCCACAGCCUCACCGCCAACAGGCAGCUGUCUGCGGCACUCAGCCCAGCCAGUGGCCAGCCAAGCCCGGAGCACCAUUUCAACAGCUGCCCACUCUGCAGCCCAGGCUCAGGACCGGCCAACUGCCACCGUGUCACCCCUGCGCACUCAGAACUCUCCAUCCCGCCUGCCUGCCACCAGCCUCAGGCCCCACUCGGUGGUGUCCCCGCAGCACAGCCACCAGCCCCCAGUGCAGAUGUGCCCGCGGCCGGCCAUCCCUCUCACAUCAGCAGCAUCAGCCAUCACACCUCCCAACGUCAGUGCCGCCAACCUCAACGGGGAGGCUGGAGGGGGGCCCAUCGGUGUUCUGUCCACAUCCAGCCCCACCAACACAGGAUGCAAACUAGACGAGAAGAAAAGUGAAAAGAAAGAGAAGAAGAGUGGGCUCCUGAAGCUUCUAGCCGGAGCAUCCACCAAGAAGAAGUCACGCUCCCCACCAUCUGUGUCUCCAACCCACGACCCCCAGGUGGCCAUGGACGCCCUGCUCCAAGGUGCAGUGGGCCCCGAAGUGUCCUCACUGUCUACCCACGGCAGGGCAGGGUCCUGCCCCAUAGAAAGCGAGAUGCAGGGUGCCAUGGGGAUGGAGCCUCUGCACAGGAAGGCAGGCUCCUUGGAUCUGAACUUCGCAUCUCCUUCCCGGCAAGCACCUCUGUCCAUGGCUGCCAUCCGCCCCGAGCCCAAGCCGUUGCCCAGAGAGAGGUACCGCGUGGUGGUCUCGUACCCACCCCAGAGCGAGGCGGAGAUCGAGCUGAAGGAAGGCGACAUCGUCUUUGUGCACAAGAAGCGUGAGGACGGCUGGUACAAGGGAACCCUGCAGCGGAACGGCCGCACGGGCCUCUUCCCGGGCAGCUUCGUCGAGAGCUUCUGAGGACUGGUGCUCCCUGCACCCGGCUCACAGAGCAGGAGGCUGCCUGGGAAGCCCCACGGCACACAGAGAGGGAGCCACGGCGCUCCAAGAGUUCCAGGUCGUCUCCAAGGCACCUGGCGGGGGACGCCCUGGCCCAGGGUGGGGGCCAGGGACUGUGGAGGUCGUGCCUUCUCCCAAAACCCCCAACGGAGAGCACACCUGGGAUGUUCUUCAAGGAAAUGCCCACCCCCUCUGUAGAAACUGCAAAGAAAGCGCCUUGAGGAAGAGAGGCAGGUGCCGGCGCAGGCAGGCCUGUGGCUGUGGCUUGCAGCCACGGCAGCGUUCAUAUUUACCACCUAAGCUGGAUUGGAGGUUGCAGGAGGUCUGCAGGCGAGGUGGGUGGCAUGGGGGCCAAGAGCGCCGGAGAUCAUCUUUCUGCGCUGCCCUGGGCUUCCCGCGGGGCUUAGGUUGCUCUGUCACCAUUCUAUAUACCUCAGUCACCUGCCGCCCGGCUGCUCAGCAGGGGUGUUCGUGGUCCUGGGGGGCCUCACAUGAGGCCCUGGGGAUCCCCCGGAAGGCCACCCCACCGCCCCUGUGGGAACCGGAGCAGAAUCUGUGGGCUUGUCUCCUGCCAGUAGUAUAAGCAACACUUUCUGUUCACCACCACUGUCCCUUGCGUUACUUCUUUCUUACGGCAUAUUUUUAACGUAAAGCUGUUAGACUUUAUAUAUUUCUAAUAGGUCAGACAUUGCCUAUUUUUCAUACAUCUGGUGCUGCCUUUUUGUAAAACUAGUAAUGACUUGGUUGAGCUUGAAAGAAAGGAUGUCUGAGGCGACAUCAAAGGGGCAGAAUUUUUAUAUUUCCCAUAUGGGUUUGGGAGAGCGCCGAGAAGCCCCCAUCCCGCGCCUCAGUGCCGGCCAGUACUCCGGGGGCUGGCGGGGUGGAUCCAUUGAGGGGGUUGGAGGGAGCUUGGAAGCAGCCGGUUUCUUUAAACUCUUACCAAAACCCCGUGCUUCCGUCUAGACGGUGAUAAUUAGUAUUCAAGACCUGGAAACAUUUCGAGGAAGGACCACUAGAAUUGUCCUUUUGUGUGGCGGUAGAAGGAGCACGCAGGUCAACCCCAGCCGGAAAGGCAAAAUCUUCCCUUUACUGCCUCGGAGAGAACUACCAUUAGCAUUCUCAGAAGAUGAUUUUUUGGUAUCAAAAUGUGCAGUUUCUACAACAGUUCAGAUCACCACCACCAUUUUUCUUCUUCUUUAAAAAUAAAUAACUGCUCCCGUUUCAGGCAGUGCAAACUUUCAUCUGCUGGAGACCAGAGGGACGAGGAGAUCAGGGGGCUGCAGCACCGUUGCAGGCGUGCAAGAUCGGGGAGCUGGGAGGGCGAGAGAGGAGGAGUUGUAGCUUUGAUGCUGGGAACUCCCUGAGUGGGGCUGAUGAAUGUACAUUCAUUAGCACCACGGCUCACCUCCCAGGAAGACUGAUGAGGAGUCCUUUGGGAGACGGUUUUGUUCUCAAGAUUCACACCUUAGGAACACAUUUUUAUCACCUCAGAAUUUUGAUCCAUCACCCCUCUCUCCACCUAUAUUUUUACAAAAACCAUUCAGACUUAAAUUAAGCUGAAUAAACUAGCCUUUGGUAACAUAGGGUAACACUGGUUUUCAGGGAUGUAACCAAUUCCGGAAAUACAUUCUCUUGCCUGGCAUGAAGCCUUUGAAACACGGGCUGCUUAUUUUCAGAGUUCCUGUUUUGGGACGUGUCUUGGCUACUUGUUACUUCCAGGUGGUUGCCACACGACAGGGGUCAUGCCUUUGCCUCCCUCCAGAUGAUAAUGGAUUUAAUAGACUUGGGAAAGUUGUUCAGAAUCAAAGAAGAAAAAGUCUGGCUUAAACAUAGGAACUUCUGUGUGCCAAUUUGAUGACAACCAAAAGCUGUCUAUUUACCAUUAUUGCCAAACUAUCAGUUGCCCAUCCAGCACCAAAAUCCUGUGCAUGUUUAAAUUCACGUCACCAAAGAGGUGCACAGAUCCAACAACCUGGAUGACGCAGGUGUUCUCCAGGGAAACCAGAUGAAGUCAAGUCUCCAGGUUAACUUUUUUAAGUCUUUUUUUUAAGGCAUGCAGCUACCAAGCAACAGAAUAGAGUAACCUGAACGUUCUUCCUCUCCCAGGCAUGGCCCACAUGGUGCUUCCGGUUGAAAUGUGUUUCGCCCUCCUGAUGGGGGGCGAGGCCACAGCCCACUACAUGCAGCACGGUAGAGAGCUGGGGCGAGUGUCGCCAUGUCCUUGGAAGAUGUCAGCUGGCCCCUUCCAGGGCAGAGUCGGGUGGGCAUUGGUGCCACCUUAGGAAGGAGAGCGAUGCGUGGGUCUGGCCAGGGCUCUGGAGCCAAUGCCAGGCUGCCUGAGGGCAGAGGAAGUGCAUGGCCCAUGUGCAUUUCUGAGUAUUUUAAACUCGUCCAGCCCCUGCAGCCUUCGUGAUGAUGUAGCUUGCAGACAAGAGCAGGAGCAGAAUUAGCCCUUUCUUCAGGCCAUCUUGCCUCAAAGGGCACACAUGUUUUGGCGGUUAAGAUGAAACUAACCCUUAUGUUUCAUCCUAGUCCCAUGAUGUACACAUCUUAGCCAUGCAGUGGCCUUGGGUGGCCACAGAGAUUGACUUUGAGGAGCUUGGUAGAGUCCACAGCCAUGACUGAAGUCAGUGGACACCGAGGGGACAGGACUGCAGGUCACCAGGGGCCUCUGCCCAGAGCGAGGCAGAGAGGAUGGUGGCCGCAGGCACUCUCCUGGCAUUCUCAUGGGGUGAUGCCAGGCCAGGCACCUCAAAACAAGCUCAGCCGACUGGGAGAUCCUUUGUACUUUGCACAGUUCACACACACACCCCACCCCAAGUGUUUUUGUUAGACACAAAUGUCAGCGUGUGAUCUUGGAAGACUUGUCAGUGAUGAUGAACCAUGAUGCCUGUGUUUCUGAGUCUUUAAAUAAAAAUGAACAUGGAGAA